CCAGUUAAGUUGCGCUCUGCGGGUCAGGGGCAUCAUCAGGAAACAACGAGUCUGCUUUGACGGGACAAACGAAGGAAAAGUGGAAUAGCUACCAAACGAACACAGGGUCUGCAUUAACAUAUUUCAAGACAAGCAGACGACGUGCUUUGGAUUCUGAUUCGAUUUUAUAUUGGUUUGGGAAUUUGAGACGUGGCAAAACUGGACGCCGACCAAGCGUUGUGAAUUAGCGGGUGAAAGCAGAGUGGACACGUUCGGAGUAAGGAAGGAGGGAUUGAGCGGCGCUGACUGACAUCCUGCCGACCACACCCAGACCCUGACAAGAUCUUGUUUCUGUCCUUAGACUGACACAGUGAGAAGAACAACCUCUCCGCCUCUUACUGCUGUGGUACAGAGCCCCAAUGAAUGUGUUCUUCCUUUAUCCAAUUAUCCUUGAAAUGAAGGUUCUCAUCCCCUUGUUGGUUUCACCUAUUCAACCUGGUCAGAUCAGUGAUGAGGCCUAGGCCACCUCAAGGAAGGCUAUAUGUUUUCUACAGUAUUGGAACAGGAAGGCCACAUCAGUUGAUGCCGACUGUGAAGCCAAAGGUUAAGAGUCUAUUUGCAAAUUCACCAAGAAGCGUGACUGCAUUUUAUACGGGUCAGUGAAACUCAAAAAGCCCCCCGUCUUCCGUAGAGAGAGGGAGCAGGAGAGGAUAACUGACACCGAGGGAGAGCACCUCCCUUUAUGCUGUGAGCGAGGGAAGGGAUUGGGAGCAGGACGGGAGAGGUGUAGUCUCACCAACACAGAGGUGUAGUGGUUGGGCCUGUCUGCUCUUCAGACUCCAGUGAGGAUGAAGAGGUUUAGGAGACAUGGCCAGGAGUCCCACAGAGAUCGGAUCAAACAGGAGCUCUAUGGGUUCAACAAGACGGUGGAGCAUGGUUUUCCCCACCAGCCCAGUGCGCUGGUCUUCAGCCCCAGUCUACAGCUCCUGGCCAUCGGCACACGCUCCGGAGCCAUCAAACUUUAUGGGGCUCCAGGUGUAGAGUUUAUGGGUCUACAUGAUGAGAAUGCUGCCGUCACACAGGUCCACUUCUUACCACAGCAGGUUGAGUUGGUGACUCUGUUGGAUGACAACAGUCUCCACAUGUGGACCCUCAGAGCUCACCAAGGAGUCUCUGAGCUGCUGGAGAUAGGACGCUUCACACUCACUGGACCACCGGGUGCUCCCCCCAGUGUAACUCGGGUGACGGCAGUGCUAGCCCACUCCUCUGGGAAGCUGCUGUUUCUGGGAACAGAGGGAGGCCACGUGUUCGUAGUGGAGGUACCGGGCUUCAGAGAACUAGAGGAGAAGAACAUCAGCCUGGAGAACGUCACCAACAGUGUACCAGAGGAGUAUGGAGGUCGUAGGAGCCUGGAGCAUGUCGAGUCCUUACAGGAGAAUCCCGUCAACCCACGCCAGGUUCUGAUUGGCUACGGGCGAGGCAUCAUGGUCAUCUGGGACAUGGAGCACCAAUCAGCAGUCAAACACAUCCCCGCUACACAGCAACUGGAGAGCGUGUGGUGGACGGAGGACGGUGACCAUGUUCUCAGUUCCCAUAGCGACGGCAGCUACUGCCGCUGGACAGUGGCCGGGGAGGGGACACAGAGCGAACAGGAGAAGUCCGAAGUACCGUACGGCCACUUCCCCUGUAAGGCCAUCUCUAAAAUCAUCCAGCUCCCUACAAAACAAGGGCCUCCCUUCCUGUUGUUCAGUGGCGGCAUGCCCAGGGCCAGCUACGGAGACAGACACUGUAUCAGUGUGAUCCACAGUAAAACACACGUGGCUCUGGACUUCACCUCCAGAAUCAUCGACUUCUUCGUCAUCAGAGACGGACCAGAUCACACAGGCGACCCCAGUGCGCUGGUCGUGCUAGUGGAAGAGGAGCUGGUAGUGAUCGAUCUCCAGACUGAAGGAUGGCCAGUCAUCCAGACGCCGUACCUGGUGCCUCUCCACUGCUCUGCCAUCACCUGCUCCCAUCAUGUCUCUGCUAUACCCCUGAAGCUGUGGGAGAAGGUCCUGUCUGCAGGGGCACUGCAGAACACACACUACUCUAAGAAGCCGUGGCCUAUAACAGGAGGACAGAACCUGUCUCCAGACGCUCCUCAGAGAGACCUACUUCUCACAGGGCAUGAGGACGGUACGGUGCGUUUCUGGGAUGCGUCGGGGGUCUGUCUGUACCCCAUGUAUAAGCUGAGCACGGCAGGGGUGUUCCACACUGAUGCAGACCCCAAUGACAACAUGAACCAGGGCGCAGAGGGAGAGUGGCCACCUUUCAGAAAGGUGGGAUGUUUUGACCCGUACAGUGAUGACCCUCGUCUGGGCGUUCAGAAGAUCCACCUGUGUAAAUACAGCGGCUACCUGACGGUAGCUGGCACUGCUGGACAGAUCCUGGUGUUGGAGCUGAAUGACGAGGCAGCAGAACAGACGGUGGAAGCCUCGGUAGCCGACCUUUUACAGGGCCAGGAGGGCUUCCGCUGGAAGGGCCACACGCGUCUGGUGGUGAAGGAGGAUCCGGUGACGUUCCCCCCAGGUUUCCAGCCCUUUGCCCUGAUCCAGUGUCAGCCUCCGGCCGUGGUCACUGCCCUCACCCUGCACUCUGAGUGGAAACUAGUGACCUUCGGCACCAGCCACGGCUUCGGACUCUACGACUACCAGCAGAAAAACAACGUCCUCGUCAGGUGUACCCUGAACCCCAGUGACCAGCUGGCUAUGGAAGGUCCUCUAUCCAGAGUAAAGAGCAUUAAGAAGUCUCUCCGCCAGUCCUUCAGAAGGAUCAGACGCAGCCGAGUGUCUUUACGCAAACACCACGUCAACAGUGCAGCUAAGGUGCAGGAGGCCAAUGCUCGUCUGGAGGCCGAGCUAGCAGAAAUGGAGUUAGCUCCUGUUCAGAGAAAGAUCGAGCCUCGAUCCCCAGACGACUCCUUCACCGGCCUCGUACGCACGCUCUACUUCGCUGACACUUUCCUCUCAGACAGCUCCCACAACACGCCCUCUCUGUGGGCAGGGACCAAUGGGGGCUCAGUAUUCGCCUACCAGCUCCGCCUACCGCCUGCGGAACGCAGAGCAGAGGACCCCGUCACCGCCCACCCUGCUAAGGAGAUCCAGUUGAUGCACCGCGCUCCAGUAGUGGGCAUCGUGGUGUUGGACGGCCACGGUUCCCCUCUGCCUGAGCCCCUGGAGGUGGCACACGACCUGGCCCGCUCAGCUGACAUGCAGGGUUCACACCAGCUACUGGUGAUAUCAGAGGAACAGUUUAAGGUGUUCACCCUGCCGAAGGUGAGCGCUAAGAUGAAGUUGAAGCUCACCGCCAUCGACGGCUCUCGCGUGCGCCGGGUGGGCGUGGCCUGGUUCGGCAGCAGCCGCUCGGAGGACUACGGUGAGAGCGGCCUCACCGUCCUGACCAAUCAGGGAGACCUCCACGUGGUGUCGUUGCCUGGGGUGAAAUUGCAGGUCCAGUACCCAUGUAUCCGCAGAGAGGACGUGAGCGGCAUCGCAUCCUGUGUCUUCACCAAGCACGGACAGGGUUUCUACCUGAUCUCUCCGUCUGAGUUUGAGCGUUUCUCUCUGUCCGCUCGCUGUGUGGUGGAGCCCCGCUCUCUUGUGGAGGUGCCCUCCCAGACACCCUGCUCCACCCUGCCUCGGGCACAGCCUGACGGGGCCUCUGUGGAGCACAGAAAUUCUACGAGGGACACCGACGACGUGGAGCGCUCUGCUAGACGUGUGAUGGAGCAUGCUUUGCUGAAUGACGAGACUGUGCUUCAGGAGAUCCAGAAAUCUCUAGAAGGACACCAGCCGGCAUUCCUGGAGAACAACGUGAAGAGUGCUCUCGCUGGAGGCAAGGUGCUGUCCAAUGGAGACUGAGCCAGCCUCUCCUGGGCAUGAUCGUGGAGUCUGCCUAGCGACUCCUGCCUAGCAAACUACGCCAACACUACUACUGCCACUACUGACCCCUGAACCAUGACCCCUAGCCCCCAGAGACUCACCCCUGACCCCUAGCCUGAGAGGCUGAACCCCAAAUGGCACUGUAUUCCCCAAGUAGUGCACUGCUUUUGAGCAAAGCCCAUAUAGGGUGAGUGGUGUAGUGUAUGAGGACUAGGGUGUGAUCUGAGACUAGCCCAUAUAGAGAGGAGAGAUAUGGAGAGGGGGACCACCGGCUGUGCCUAAAGACCAACCACUUUACUGUGAUACCCUCCUACACUCAGGACCUCUACACCUGCCACACAGUGGUAAUGAUAAUAUGGUCAUUCCGCUGACGCGCUUCUCCAAAGCCACUUAGUUAACACACAAGCCAUAAUUGCAUUUAAAACACCCUACUCACUCACCCACCCACUCUCUCCUCACCCCGACCCCAGUCACGGCCUUCCGACCUUCAGCCUUUCGCCAUUGAACCCAAGCGGACCUGUGGAACUCUGGUUCGUCCAAUCCCAACCUUGCCUCAGCACAUCCUCGCUUGCCUUCGUCUCUUAGAGAGAGACACGGGGGAGAGGGGGAGGAGGGACGGACGGACGGACAUGUUUUUAUUCCUGUUUUAUUAGUAAUUUAAUUUUAAUGUGAUUUUGUAUUGUUUUGAUUUGAUCUACAAUCUAGAUGGAUGGAUGGGGGGGGGGGGAAACUGUACAAGGAAAACAAGAAUGUUUAAAAAAGUGACCUGUUUUGACGUAGUAGUUUGUUUGCUGAUGCUGACAAGACAUUGUUUGGUGUGAGAGAGCGAGAGCAACACAUGAGUAUCUGUGGAAUCACAACAGUUCAUUUUAAACCACACCUGAUACUAGAACAACAGUCUGGUAGCUAGAGCAGAAACCAUAUCCACACCUGAUACUAGAACAACAGUCUGGUAGCUAGAGCAGAAACCAUAUCCACACCUGAUACUAGAACAACAGUCUGGUAGCUAGAGCAGAAACCAUAUCCACACCUGAUACUAGAACAACAGUCUGGUAGCUAGAGCAGAAACCAUAUCCACACCUGAUACUAGAACAACAGUCUGGUAGCUAGAGCAGAAACCAUAUCCACACCUGAUACUAGAACAACAGUCUGGUAGCUAGAGCAGAAACCAUAUCCACACCUGAUACUAGAACAACAGUCUGGUAGCUAGAGCAGAAACCAUAUCCACACCUGAUACUAGAACAACAGUCUGGUAGCUAGAGCAGAAACCAUAUCCACACCUGAUACUAGAACAACAGUCUGGUAGCUAGAGCAGAAACCAUAUCCACACCUGAUACUAGAACAACAGUCUGGUAGCUAGAGCAGAAACCAUAUCCACACCUGAUACUAGAACAACAGUCUGGUAGCUAGAGCAGAAACCAUAUCCACAAAGCCUCUGAGGAAGAGCGCUGUUCUAGGAUCAAUUUAGCCUUUUUAUGUCUGGAAGAUUAUAUGGACAGGUCCUGGAUCAGCGCUCCUUGUGUAAUAUGGACAGGUCCUGGAUCAGCGCUCCUUGUGUAAUAUGGACAGGUCCUGGAUCAGCGCUCCUUGUGUAAUAUGGACAGGUCCUGGAUCAGCGCUCCUUGUGUAAUAUGGACAGGUCCUGGAUCAGCGCUCCUUGUGUAAUAUGGACAGGUCCUGGAUCAGCGCUCCUUGUGUAAUAUGGACAGGUCCUGGAUCAGCGCUCCUUGUGUAAUAUGGACAGGUCCUGGAUCAGCGCUCCUUGUGUAAUAUGGACAGGUCCUGGAUCAGCGCUCCUUGUGUAAUAUGGACAGGUCCUGGAUCAGCGCUCCUUGUGUAUACAGGCUCCGUUCUUGCUUUUGCCAACUCAGAAACAGAUCUGCCUACCAGACUAGUCAUAUAAGACCACUGUGCCGUAAAUGUCUCCCCAAGCGCUUUUUUGGCCAACUGACCUGCCCCUACCGUCCGCUCGUUAACGUGUAAUAACCAGUUAUAAGUUAUAACCUGUCGUAGGUACUUGUCCACUACUGUGUAGCAUACCAUGUUGUACUUUCUAGGGGAACAACUUUCUAUGGGGGUUUUAAAUUUUUAUCAUGUAAACGUCCUUUUUUUUCAACACCGCAAUGAAUAAUGUAAUUUAGGAAUGUAAUAUUAAGAUAUUGUAGUCAAAUGUUUAAUAUAUAUGUGCUAUAUGAUGAUUCUAGGCCUGUUAACGGUUGGGUCUGUUUUAUUAAUGGGGGUUGUCUGCAAUAGUCAGAUCUUACAAGGAAAUAUUUUGGUACUGUUUCUCGAAAUGCUGGGUAUUUUAGCAUUUUAGUGGUCUGCUCUAGAAUAUAUUUUUGUAGUGAAUGGUUGAGUAUGAGAACCCUAAUUUUUGAAUCUAACUUUCACACUACAAUGUCCUGCUGGAAAAUGAAUACAUGUUUGUUUUUUCACGA